AUGGAAAACUGCCCUACUUUCAUCAUUUUGUUAGUUAUAGUACUAUUUACUUCAGUGUUUGCCUCUCCUCCACGACCUGAUAUAAAUAAAUGCCAGUGCCAUGAGCACGCAGUGAAUUGCACGCCAAAUAUUACAGAUCUCUAUCCAUCAUCUGCUUAUGAUAAUAUGAGUCAGCCAAUUUGUGUGGAUUGUCAAAAUGGAACUACUGGUGACCAGUGUGAGCGAUGCAAAAGUGGUUAUUAUCGUCAUCCUUCGGAAAAGUUAGAUUCCCCUUGUAACAAAUGCCAAUGCAAUCCUCAUGGCUCUUUGAAUAGUAAUUGUGAUCAAACUACGGCCCAGUGCAAAUGCAGAGAAGGUUCUGUUGGCUUAAAAUGUGAUGAAUGUGAUCAUGGAUAUUUUAAAACAUCAGCACCCGUUCAACCAUGCAUCAAAAUACGAUUUUUGAAACCUGGAAUCCCAAUAAAAAAUUUUACAGGAAUACAAAGCAAAGAAGAGACGUACUAUUUCAAAGAUUGUAAAGCAUGCGAUUAUAGCCGACAGAGAAUAAAUAAACAAAGUUACUGCCGAGCAGAUUCCGUUAUAAAAGGUAGAGUUCUAUCGAUAAAAGAGGAUAAAGGAUGGAUAACCAUUAGGAUAAGUUCAGCUAUUGUUUAUAAACAGAAUAGAUUUAAGUCUAUGUCAAAAGUCCAUAUACACAAUUUCCAGUUACGAAAAGAAAUGUUAAGAUGCCAAUGCUUUGGAUUUCAAGUUGGUAGUAGUUACAUGAUGAUGCUACAGAAUGAAGUAACAGAUGCAAGUAAAACGAUUUUAAUAGACGAUAGUAUAUCCGUUAAACCCUGGAAUUAUGACAUCGAUAUGGUAGUAUUAUUGCUAUCAGUUGAUGCUAUAGUUAAUGGAUGUAAUUAA